AUGCAACAGCGAUAUCGUGUGCGUCAUACUAGACAAUGUCUUCGCCAUGCGCUUCGGUCCGCGAAUGUGGCGUCUGGUCUCCCUGGGUUGCUGAGCAGUGAUACCGUGAUUGGAACGCAAGUCUUCCGUACGCGACGCAUGCACAAGGUAAUAUCUCAUGACCCAGAGUUUAUACCACGUUCUGUCACAGUCAUCCGGUCCAUCUACACUCAGUCCUCCAUUCUCUGUCAUUAUGCAAUGACCUGCGAGAAUGCUUUGUCAAUACUUGGCCUUGUUUACGGUGCUCUCACAGUACAGCCAGACGAAGUCACGAUCCUGCCAGGCGAAAAUGGGACCUUGUCUGAAGGAAGAAUCCCGCCAAAGUCUUCCGGUGGGAGUCCCCUCCAACCUGGGGAUUUAUCUACGGAAUUUCUCUCUACCUUGGAUGGUGCUCACACUGGUGUUAAUUCAGAUUCUCUGAAUACAUCUGGUAGAUUGUCGCAAUUUCGCACCACAAGAGGCGAUGGUUUCACAGACUUGAGCUCGCUAGUUGGCGAGAGUCAGACCGGAAUCCCAACAGGAUCUGGAGAUUCCAUCAUAUCUGACACUGCAAUUUUUGACUCCUCAGGCUCUCAGAGGAUGGAAUCCAUCACAAAUUCGAGUGGAGGUGGACAGACUAUAGGAGGAGAUCUCAAUUCCCAAGCUAUAUCGAGUUCUCGGCCUAUAGAGUCAAUGACAGACUCGAGCGGGCAAUCUCUAGAAGGGCCCACCAGUCAAAAUGAACAGAGCGUAGGAGGUGAUGUUACUUCCCAGAAUGGUCAAACUACGGGAGGGGAUCUUACUUCUCAGGCUGGCCCGACAUUUAAUUCUCAGCCUAUGAAUUCUACAUCGGGCUCAGAUGGACUACCAGGGGAAAGUCUCACUUCCCAGGAUGUAUCGAAUUCAAACUCUCAAUCAAUGGAUUCUACGGCCAGCUCAGAUACACAAAGUCUAGGAGGCGUCGUCGCCUCUCAAUCUGUAGCAGCUUCGAUUCCAGGUCAGUCAAAUUCUGGAACGACUGACCCGGCUCUAUCUACAACUGAAUCUGCAAUACCCAUCAAUGGAUCGAGUUCAGUCUCGCCACCGAAUACAGGGGUUGGAACCACUAUGAAUAUUCCAUCAUCAACAGCAUCAGGCUUUGCCUCCCAGAGCCUUACCUCGCAGAGCGGAGGAGAUCCAGAAAUAUCUAAUAUCGCAAGCACUGAAAGUGCAGAGAUAUCCACAUCUGAGAUAUCUCCCACUUCACCUGCAGUUGGUACAAUUACCCCGGUGGCAACACCCACGUCGUCAAGCAGCGCACUCAGUGCAUCCAGUAUCUCUACCGUCAUCCUAGGCGUCGAGUUUCAGGUCACCAACACCACUCGAAAGAGAGGCAAGCCUAUGUGGAAGCAUGACGACUCGUCCGGCUUUGUUGGAAACGAAACUAUCUUGAAUCCAAGUAAUUGCAGCGAGGCCUCUGUGUAUCGUCAGUCUGCCGGUGAGCUUGUCGCUAGGGUUGGCAGAAAAUCUUUGUCUGUGGAUCCUGGCAUUGCAUAUAUCAGCAUGGCUAAUUAUCCUGGAGGGUCAAUUUCGACUGGUGAGUCAUUCUAA